GAUAUUAUUACUGUAUUACGAUCAGAACGUGAUAAAAUGGAACUCGAGCCAAAGUUUUCUAAAGAGAGACUUGAUAGUUUUAUGAAAGAGUUUGAACACGAGAAAGCUGAAGCAAAUAGAAUUUUAGCAAGGAAUGUAGAAUUUUCUCAACUUAUUGCUGACUACCAACGAAAAUUAUGUGAAAGUUCUGAGUCAUUGAAUGCUGCUGAGGAGCUUUCAAGGAGACUUACGAUGGAGUUAUCUGUUUUGAAGCUUGAAAAUAAAGUAUUAUCAAAUGCAGAAAAGCGAGCAUCUGAUGAGGUUCAUAGUUUAUCUGAAAGGGUGUAGCGCCUGCAGG